GGCGAUCGGGAACUUCGCGAACACCGAGAGCCGUUGAGUUUCAAUUUCUUAAAAGUCGGGCUUAAUUCGCUUAAGGGGAGGCAUUCAAGUUCAGCUUCUAAGUAGGUGCCUAGGUGGUGCCUCAAGGACUGAAAUAAAUUGUUACUAGAUGGCAGUGCAGGUUCUUUAAAAAAUGGCCAAAGACAUCUAGUGGACUAAUUUUCAAUUACCCUAUAUUUUUGUCAUCCAUCAUUGCGAUACCAUAGAAGUGUGUGAUUCCGUAUAAAACGUGAUCAGUGUAUGUCAUUUCUAUUACUUUUUUGCGUUCCGAAGGAUAAUUCAACUAUAAUUUUAUGGUAGGUUAUUUACCAUUAGUUAGUUCUGUUAACAGCUAAGCAAGCUACUGAACCAUAUAAUUGUGAGCCACCCUCUUGCUUCACUUUCCAUCAUGCUAUUGCACACUGAGAGAAUUCACAUUCUACCCACCGCUGUCCUAUUACCAUGAUUCUUUUUUACUAUAUAGUUCAUGGAAAUAAAAGCACAGAAGAUGCUGACAACACAGACAACAGAGUAUGGUGAUGUGUGUUAUCUGACAUGUGCAGAAUAUUCAUCUCUGUGGUUUGAUCAUCACCUUGUGCCUCUCAUCCCACUAAGCAAGCUAGCAUGCAUUGGCUUUAACACCAUUAUCCCAUUUGCUCUCAUCUUCCUUCUCUGCAAAAUUACCAUCUCAACAAAUUAUUCAGUUUCAACCCAAUUGGAUCAUAAGCAACUACCCUAUUUUCCUCUUCACACCGGUACAAAAUCCACCAUCAGAACUACGGUUUUGCUUUCUUCUUUCUUCGCCUUCACCUCAUCGCUGUCUUCCACUACGCUUUCGCCUUUGGGUCAUCGCUGUCUUCGUCUACGCCUUCUCCUUUGCGUCAUCGUUGUCUUCGUAUCGUCCGCCGUCCUCGAUCCAGCAAUUAAAGAACGCCUGGGCUUAGCAACACAAAAAAGAUAGCCAAAAAGCAGACAGUUCAGCAGACAGCCCGCGGUGAUGGAGGAAGUUCACCGUGGAUCGUCGCCCUGGUAUUGUUUUGUUUUGCAUUUUAGUGUAUAAGUUAACCCGUUGGCUGCCACCCCGUUUGCGUCCCAUUUUUUUUUAGCUUAUAGGGACCGGGCGCUGUUCUGCCCCAUGCAUGGGGGGAACAGUCGCCGCGCCUAAAGGCUUUGAGCAAGCCUUUAGGCGCCGUAGGCAAUGCACCAGUAGGGACUCUCUUUGUCGGUGCGGUGAUAGAUUCCUGGGGUGUGCAUUCCCGGAAUGGUUUCUAUCAUCGUACCAACCCGGACUUGUCUUCGGACAAGUCCCACCUUGUUCGCGAUCCUUCUGACGUGAUGCGUAGCAACUGUAGUUACAGCAACCUACGGGUUGCGUGGCCUGGCAGCCAACGGGUUAACUUAGUGUAAAUGUUUGUUUAUUUGUGUAUGUAAUUUUGUGUAUGUAAAGUAUUAUGUAAAAUAGUGGUGGAAUUGAUGGGUGGAGGAGGGACAAUAAAAAAAUUCCUGUAUAAUUUU